GCAGCGCUACGGCACUUCCUCAUUGGCAGUGACAGCAAAGUGUUCACACUCCAGCGACGUUUGUGACUGAAACUCCCCCAGCUUGCUUCAUUUCAAUUUAUUUCCGAGCUUAACAAAUGACGAAGCCUCCUCCUAAGCCGGCCAAACCAGGCCAAGUCAAGGUGUUCAGAGCGCAGUACACCUUUGACCCCAGGACGCCAGACGAGCUGUUCUUUGAAGAAGGAGACUACUUGUACAUCUCUGACACGAGUGACAGUAAUUGGUGGAAGGGGACAUGCCGAGGAAGGACAGGACUAAUUCCAAGUAAUUAUGUGGUCGAGCAGGCAGAGUCGGUUGACAACCCAAUGCACGAAGCAGCCAAACGAGGCAAUCUGAGCUGGCUGAUUGAAUGUAUAGACAACAAAGUUGGAAUCAAUGGGCUGGAUAAAGCUGGAAACACUGCCCUCUACUGGGGAUGCCAUGGAGGACAUAAAGAAGUGGUGGAGGUGUUGCUAAGCCAGCCCAACGUGGAGCUCAACCAGCAGAAUAAACUUGGGGACACCGCUCUGCACGCUGCUGCCUGGAAGGGUUAUUCUGACAUUGUGGAAAUGUUGCUGAAGAAGAAUUCAAGGACAGACAUCAGGAACAAUGAGAAAAAGCUGGCUAUAGAUAUGGCCACCACUGCACCGUGUGCUUCACUUCUCAAAAGGAAGCUGGGAAACAACAUCACUCGCACACUCAGCAACGCUGAAGAGUAUCUGGACGACGAGGACUCGGACUGAGCCGGGGCCGCUGAGACAUCAUCGCUGUCUUCCAUUGGGUUAGUGGGGCCAUGGAGCUCAGAGAAUUUUUAUUACAGACCUAAAAUGGAUUUGCUGCUCUGUUUCCAACUGUAAGUCCAUUUUAGGUCCGUUAUUUUGUUCAAACACCUCAGUUCUCGGCCCUCUGUGUCACGUCGGGGUGAAUUUCAAAGCAUUGAAUUGAUAGGUUUUACAGUUUGCCAAGUGCAUUUCCACAUGUAAGGGGAUUUGUCUUGAAUGUUGCACAGUGUGGACUGAGGGGCAGAAUAUGUGUUGUAGUGGAGAACGGACCAUAGCUCUAAGAAACACAUACCAAACAUACAAAUUGUGUUUAACCCAUUUACACCAGGCAUUAAAGUGCCAGUGCAGAUUAAAACACUGAUUUAACGUGUGUCUAGUUAAGUUUUAAUGCUUCAUUUAAAUUACUGAACCACUGCAUCACCUUAAAGAGAAUUAUAAACACAUUACCUCUUAAAGCUUGGAGCCCUUUCACAACUGGGCACAGUUUAGAUCUAUUUAUGUACAAUUGGGAGGCAAUGCAACGUAAAUUAAACCUUAAUGUUUCCCCUUUCACCUGUGUUAUCUUGGUCAAAUUGAAGGUGUCAGCAAUGUGUAGAAACAAGCUUAAAAGGCGAAAAUAUUUCUCUUUAUAACUUUAUAGAUCUUCAUCCCUCUCCUUCAUUACGUCAUAAAACUCGCCUGUUACUCUCUGUAUUUUGGUCUGUGUUAUAACACUUCCACUGCUUUUGAAAUAUCAGUUAAGUGUAAUUUUAAAAAAUCUGCCCCGUAUAAAACAGACUUUAAAUUACUCUUUCACCUUUCAAGCUUUUGAUGGUGUGAUUUCCAUCCUGGGAGCAAAUUUCUGGUUUAUUGCUGCUUUCCAACAAAUUUUAUACAUAAAAAAAAUAUAUAUAUAUACAAAGUGCCUUAAAUAUGUGUACCAUAGCGAGUGUGUCUUUGGUUAUGUAUCAAUGUGAACCUGCUUUUGUCCUCUGAGGUUGAAUUCCUUAAGAUUUUGUUCUAGAUUUCUAUCUGCCAUCUUCAAUCUACAAUAAAAGAUUUUUAACUUAAAA